AUGGUGAAGAGGAUAUACUUUCUGGCCCAUGGCGGUCAAGUGCAAGGUGUCGGAUUCCGGUACUUUACGCAAAAGAGAGCCACAGAUUAUGGUCUUACGGGAUGGUGUCGCAACACUGAUAACAACAAGGUUGAGGGAGAGGCGCAAGGAGACGAGGAUGCGCUGAAGAAGCUGCUUAAGGACAUUGACGAGGGACCGAGAUCCGCCAGGGUUGUCAAGCUUGACCAGGAGGAGAGAGAUCUUGUUCAGGACGAAAAGGACUUUGCAGUUCGGCGAUGA